AUGUACGCCGGCAGACGAGUCGGCGCCGACAUCCGCGCCGCGAUUGUUGGUGGAGACGGACGGCGCGGAGGCGGGCUGUGCGCAGCCCGCUCAGAAGACGGCGUCGGCGUCGGGUACCGAAUCGGCGACUGCGGCUCUAUGCCCAGUGACAGCCAUUGGCUGGCCACCAUGGAUGGUGGCGGUGGUGGGCACGGGCCGUCGCCGUGGAGCGGGCACCGAGGCCGGGGUGGAGCCGGCAAGGCGAGGACCGGCGCUGGAGGCGCCGGUGGAGUUGGUGCCCUCGACGGUGGCGCCGCGGGCGGAGCCGCGGAUGGCGCCGCGGGCGAAGCCGUGGACGACACCACCGAACGUCGUGACGGAGGGCCGACGUUUGCAUUGGUUACACUUGGCCUUCCAAACUUCACCAGUACGCACUUUGUCGAAGUCAUUCCAGACCGCAGAGGGAAGAUGGCAGGGUCAGAGCUGCAGGCGGCCGGCGUCAGGGGAUGGAUGAGGAGGUGUCAAUCUGUCAAAGCUGGAAGUGUCGGUAGCAGAGGAGCCGCGCGCGAGUGCUAA